CGCUAACGUCAACGUCGUCGUAUGCGCGUAAAACGUUUGACAAAAGUGAAGGUGCGUCGCCUCAGUUCGCUCCGCUCUCUUCGUCUGUCUCUAUCUCUCUCUUGAGAUCGAUCGUUGCUCUAGCACCCGCUCACGGCGCCUACAAACGUGCGUUCCAACCAAUAAUACUACAAUUUGUGUUUAGUGCCAACAUAAAUAUAAAUCUCAGAUCAGUUCUUAUAUAUAUAUAUGUAAUUAUUACAAGAAAAAUUCUGAUCUAGCGCAGCUGUUAAAAUUAAGUGCAGCCACGACUGCGUAUUGGCCAACUCGCUGCCAACUCUGUGUGUUUUUGUGUGUGUGUAAGUGCAUUUUUAUAAGUGAAAAAUUCCAACAACGUUGCUGCUGCAAAACCAAAUACAAGAGCAAAAUGAAGCAAAACAAGUUUUGCUAAAAAAGCAAAAAGAAAAAAAAUGUAAAGAAAAAUACAACAACAACAACAACAAAAAAUUAUGCUACCUCUGUGGCCACUAAAGAUGUUGCAUUUGUUUGUGUGCCUGUGUGUGUGCGCGUCUUGUAUUCAUUCUAUACACGCUUAUGAAUACCAGCAGCUAGCAUAAAGCCCCAAUUAAAAUAUGUGACUAAAAUAUGGCGAUUGUGCAUAAAAUGAAUUUAGUAAAUUAAAUAAAAUGACGCAGCUUAAGUGUCAAAAAAAAAGCGAACUAAGCCAAGUUGCAUAUAGAAACAAACUAAAGUGAGCAAAUAAUUAAGUGUGUUAACAAUAACAAAGAUAACUGUAAAUACGCGCGGACGGGCAAACAGUUGGACCAUCCUUCGAUGAUGCGCUCGCUGCCAACGCCACGCGCAGCGGCAAAAGCAGCAAGAUGGCGACAAUUGAUGCAACUACUGCUGCUGCUGCUUGCCACAAGCGCCACACUGAUGUGUGCAGCAGCAACAGAGCUGGCGGCGCCACGUGGCCGCAGCUAUGCAACGACCUACGAGCAAUAUGCAGCGUUUCCCAGAAGACGCAGCUCCUCGCCGGCGGGUGAGAUGCAGUCCCGUGCAGUGGACACUAGCGCGGACUUUGAAGUGCUGGAGGGUCAGCCACGUGGCACGCUGGUGGGCUAUAUACCCACCAAGCCCAAGUUUACGUAUCGCUUCAAUGAGCCACCGCGUGAGUUUACGCUGGAUCAGAUCACAGGCGAGAUUAAGACCAACAUGGUGCUGGAUCGCGAGGGCAUGCGCAGUCACUAUGAUCUGGUGGUGCUCAGCUCGCAGCCCACUUAUCCCAUUGAGGUGCGCAUCAAAGUGCUGGACAUUAACGACAAUGCGCCGCAGUUUCCAGAGCCGAGCAUAGCUGUGACCUUCUCGGAGAGCGCAGUGGCGGGCACGCGGCUGCUGCUGGAUGCAGCUACCGACGCGGAUACAGGCGAGAAUGGCAUAAGCGAUCAUUACGAGAUAGUUGCGGGUAAUGUGGAUAGCAAGUUUAGGCUGGCGACAACCACAAAUCCAGCGGGUGAUACCAGCUACUUGCAUCUGGAAACUACGGGCAACUUGGAUCGCGAGAACUGCGGCUACUAUCAGCUGAAUAUAUCAGCUAGCGAUGGCGGCACGCCCGCACGUCUGGGCUAUCUACAAGUCAAUGUAUCCAUACUGGAUGUGAAUGAUAAUCCGCCUAUAUUCGAUCAUAGCGACUAUAGCGUCAUAUUGAAUGAAACUGUUAAGCCAGGCACGCCAGUGCUGCAGGUUAUGGCCUCAGACAACGAUCUGGGUGACAAUAGCAAGUUAACCUAUUAUCUGGCAGAGUCGGAGCAGCAGUUUACCGUAGAUCCAGAAACCGGUGUCAUCUCCACUACCGAGCAGCUGACCUGUCCGCAGCAGCAGGGCAAAGCGCAAGGUCAACGCAGUUGUGUUUUCACUGUCUUUGCGCGUGAUCAUGGCUCACCCCGACAGGAUGGACGCACUUAUGUUACAGUGAAUCUGCUGGAUACGAACGAUCAUGAUCCAGCCAUAAGCUUUCAAUACUUUCCGCCCACUGGCAAUGUGGCGACAGUGGAUGAAAAUGCCAGCAAUGGCACAGUAGUGGCAGCUGUCUCCGUUAAGGACUCAGAUGUGGGGCCCAAUGGCGAAACUACUACACGCAUCAUAGCAGGCAAUGAGCUGGGACACUUUCGGCUGGAGAAGACGCAGUUUCUGCAUAUAGUGCGAGUUAAUGGCGUGCUCGAUCGCGAGGAGAUCAACAAAUACAAUCUAACAGUUGUGGCCAUGGACAAGGGCACGCCAGCUAGAACAGCUAUAGCUUAUCUAAUUAUCGAUGUCAAUGAUGUCAACGACCAUGAGCCUGUGUUUGAAAAAUCCGAGUAUGCUGUGGUGCUGAGCGAACUGACGCCCCAGGGCAGCUUUGUUGCUUCCAUAACAGCAACAGAUGAGGACACGGGCGUCAAUGCGCAGGUGCAUUAUGAAAUUCUGUCUGGCAACGAGCUGCAGUGGUUCAGCAUUGAUGCCAGCACUGGUUUGAUAGUCACACGCAGCUCGCUCGAUCGUGAGCAGCAAGCGAGCGUUGAGCUGAGCAUCUCCGCGCAUGAUGGUGGCCCGAAUCCCAAGUAUGCUUACACACAGCUGAAGCUGACCAUACUCGAUGAGAACGACGAGGCGCCGCAGUUUGUGCAGCAAGUGUUGAAUGUAACGCUGCGCGAGGAUGCCAAAGCGCCUGCGCUGGUGGCGCUGCUCUCGGCAACGGACAAUGAUCAGGGCACCAAUGGCUCGGUGAGCUACAGUCUGGCGCCAGCUGUGGAGCGGCUGUAUCCGCAGCAGUUCAGCGUGGAUGCCAUAACGGGUCAAUUAAUGACGCGUCUGUCGCUCGAUCGCGAAACAAUGGCAAACUAUGAAGUCUAUGUAAUCGCACGCGAUCAAGGCGCACCCGCGCCACAAUCUGCCACCGCCACAGUCUAUCUGAGCAUAGGCGAUGUCAACGAUAACAGUCCAGUGUUCUAUCCCAGGCAUUAUAUAUACACAGCGACGGCAGCUGAGCUCAAGCUGGGCUCAGCGCUGCUCAAUGUCACGGCCACUGAUCAAGAUGCAGGCGAUAAUGCCUUAAUUAGCUACAAGCUGCAGCCAGGCGCCGCCGAGCACUUCCAGCUGCAUCCACAAACGGGCGCGCUGAGUCUAAAGUCACGCCCAUUGCAGCCCUAUUACCAACUGCGCGUUCAAGCGACCGAUGCGGGUGGACGCAGCGCAGCUCAAGAUGCCAUUGUGGAGCUGCUGCUGCUGCUGCAAGACAAAGCUGAGCAGCUGCACUGCAGCAGCUACAAUUUUCACAUAGCCGAGGAUCAUGCUCAAGCUGCUUAUGCGCCACGCGAAGUGGGACGCGUUGGUCAGUCGCUGCCUGCUCUGGAGUAUCUCAUCAUUGCAGGCGAUCCGCUGCUUAACUUUGCCAUAGACUCACGCUCGGGACUCAUAAGCACAGCUCGCCGCUUGGAUCGUGAGCUGCAGUCGCACUUUGAGCUUACAGUGCUCGCUCGCAGCGGCGGCGGCGGCGGCGCCAGCGCGCGCUUUGUCUACGCCAAGUGUCAGGUGCAUAUAACAGUCUCCGAUUUAAAUGAUAAUGCGCCAAUAUUUGUGCAAGAUCGCAGCACAGAUGCGCCCAUUUGGCUGGCAGAGAACACAGCUGUGGGACAGGAAAUAUUUCUAACGCGCGCCAGAGAUCGCGAUGCGGGUGUCAACAGUCACAUAAGCUACAAGCUUAUACAUAAUCCUGGCGAGCAAUUUCGCAUAAAUGCUGCCACCGGCGUGCUCUAUCUACAGCAGCCCAUACGCUCCGAACCGGGCACAGUGUUGAACGUGGAGCUGCAGGCUUUGGAUGGCGGCAUGCCGCAGCUUAGCAGUCGCUUGAGUCUCUCUAUUUAUAUAGCGGAUGUUAAUGAUCAUACGCCCGUAUUCGAUCACACCAGCUAUGAAACUUCGCUGCUGGAAACCACAAAGCUGAAUACGCGCUUCUUUGCUUUGGCUGCCUCGGACAGCGAUUUGGCGCAGAAUGCGCGCAUCUCAUAUGAAAUCAUUGCAGGCAAUGCUGCCGGCAUGUUUGGCGUCUUUCCGGAUGGUUAUCUCUAUGUGCGUGCUCUGCUGGAUCGCGAGCAGCGUGACUACUACGCCUUGACUGUGGCCUGUCGAGAUGCUGGCUCUCCAGCGCGCUCCUCGGUGGUGCCUGUGGUCAUCCAUGUGAUUGAUGAGAACGACAAUGCGCCGCAGUUUAGCAACAGCACAUUUACGUUUAGCAUACCGGAGAACUCACCAGCGGAUACAUUUGUAGGCAAGCUUACCGCUUUGGAUAAGGACAUAGGCCGCAAUGCUGAGUUGAGCUUUAGUGUAAGCUCGCCCAGCUUGGACUUUCUCAUUGAUACACACAAUGGUUUCAUCAAGACGCUGCGUUCAUUUGAUCGCGAAGCUUUGGUCGCUCGCAAUGCCAGCGGCAAUGGUGCCGAUGUGAAUGACAAUGCGCCGGAAUUUCUACGUGCGCCCUAUGCUGUCACUAUCAACGAAGGCGCUGCUGUUGGCACGCACAUUCUUCAUGUCUUCACACAAGAUGCAGAUGAGGGCUUGAAUGGCGAUGUCUUCUAUACGCUUACAGCUGGCAAUGAAGCCAAGCUCUUCCAUUUGGACAGCGCUACUGGUCAGUUGAGUCUGGCGCGCAAAUUGGAUCGCGAAACGCAGUCGCUGCAUCAGCUGCAGGUUGUAGCUAGAGAUGCGGCGCUAAAGUCACCGCUAAGCGCCACCAGCAGCAUCAGCAUAACGGUACAAGAUGACAAUGAUAAUGCGCCGGAGUUUACGCAAACCAGCAGUGAAAUCUCCAUACUGGAGACAAGCGCAGUGGGCACCGAGUUGAUGCGCUUUCGCGCCAGCGAUGCAGACCAAGGCAUCAAUGCUCAAGUGGUCUUCAGCAUUACGGCGGGCAAUAGACGCGAUACGUUCCACAUCGACAGCAUAAGCGGCAGUUUGUAUUUGCACAAGUCGCUGGACUUUGAGGAUGUUACACACUAUACUUUGAACAUAACUGCCGCCGAUUGUGGCACGCCCUCGCUGUCGACUACGGUGCUCUACCAGGUCAUUGUAGUGGAUGACAAUGACAAUGCGCCCAGCUUUCCCAGCACCGCCAUAGUGCGGCAGAUUAAAGAGGGCAUUGCCUUGAAGACACCCAUUGUGACAGUCACCGCAGAUGAUCCGGAUGCGGGGCUGAAUGGCAAGGUGACCUACAGCAUACGCCGCCAGGAGCCGGAGCUUAUGGGUGGUCGUCACUUUGGCAUCAAUACGCAGUCCGGUGUCAUUUAUACACUGCGCGAAAUUGAUCGCGAGUCUAUAGACAACUUUCGUUUGACUAUUGUAGCCACAGAUCAGGCACAGCCUGCGUCCAGGCAGCUGUCCACUGAAAAGCUCGUCACUGUUAUCGUCGAGGACAUCAACGACAAUGCGCCCAUCUUUGUCUCCAUGAAUGCCGCUGUGUUGCCUGCACCCAGCAAUGCCAGUCGAGCGCUGCAGGUGAUGCGCGUGCUGGCGCGUGAUGCAGACUCCUCCAGCAAUGGUCUGGUCACAUACGAAAUUGUGAGCGGCAACCAGGAGCUGUUCCGCCUGCAACGCAACACGGGCGUGAUUACGCUCACCCCACAGUUUCAGCUGCAGUCCAAGCAGGAGGUGCGCUAUCAGCUGGCGCUGAAGGCCACCGACGAGGCCAGCGGUGAGCGCAAGAGCAGCGAAACUUACAUCACACUCAUUACUCCCGGACUCGGCGAUGAGGCGCCUCGCUUCGAGCAGCACAAUGCGCUCUUUGGCGCUGUCUAUGAGAACGAACCCAUUGGCACUUCUAUACUAACGGUUAGUGCGCAGCUGGAUGCUGCUGAGAUUGAAUAUUAUGUCAGCAAUGUGACCAGCUCGCGCUCCGCUGGCCACAACAGUUCGGAGCAAGUGGAUCGUUUGUUCGAUAUCGAUGCCAAGCUGGGCAUUCUGUCCACUGCCGUGGAGCUGGAUCGUGAGGCGGGACCGCCCAACUAUGAGGUGGAUGUCUAUGCCGUUGCUUUGGGUGGCAAGCCGCGCACAGCGCAUACCAAGAUCAAAGUUACCAUAAUGGAUAAGAACGACAGUCCACCUAAAUUUCUAGACAUGCCCUUGGUGUUUAAUGUCAGCGAAGAUUUAGAGAUUGGCCAUACCGUAACCACAAUACGCGCUACAGAUCCCGAUCCAGACAUUAUGAGCACUAUGAUCUUCUCGCUGAUCGACGGACACGAUGGCAAAUUUCUACUGGAACCCACAAGCGGCAGGCUGCAGCUGAAGGACACGCUCGAUCGCGAAACGAAGGCCAAGUACGAUAUGCGCAUACGAGUGAGCGAUGGCGUGCAGUAUACGGAAACGAAUGUCAUAAUAAAUGUGGAUGAUACGAAUGACAAUGCGCCUGUGUUUGAGGAAACAGUUUACUCGUUUGAUAUACCAGAGAAUGCGCCGCGUGGCUAUCAAGUGGGUGAAGUUGUAGCCAAGGAUGCGGAUCUCAAUCAGAAUGCGCAAGUGUCCUAUGCAGUGCUAUCCGACUGGGGCAACGAUGUGUUCAGUCUGAAUCCGCAGACAGGCAUGUUGACGCUAACAGGCAGACUGGAUUACGAGGAGGUGCAACACUACAUACUCAUAGUGCAGGCGCAGGAUAAUGGCCAGCCCAGUUUAUCCAACACUAUUGUGGUCUAUUGCAAUGUCAUUGAUUUGAAUGACAAUACGCCGCUGUUCGAUCCCAUGAGCUACUCGAGUGAGGUCUACGAAAAUGUGCCCAUAGGCACUGAAGUCGUUACAGUCUCAGCCAAGGACAUUGAUUCAGGCAACAAUGGACGCAUUGAGUACAGCAUAACUGGCGGCGAUUUAGCCAAUGAAUUUGAGAUCCAUAGCAAUGGCUCCAUUAACACGCGUCGUCAACUCGAUCGCGAGAGCCGCGCUAAUUAUGCUUUGACCAUAACAGCGCGUGAUUGUGCGGAUGAAAUCUCCACGUACAGCGAGCUGGAGUUGAAGCAGCUGAAGACUGAAACGCGCACGCCGCGACGCUAUCGAAGCCAGCAACAAAAUCAGUUCUUGGCCACGCAGAAGCAGCAACGUUUGUCCUCAACGGUGCAGGUUAUCAUAUCCAUCAGGGAUGUAAACGAUGAGGCGCCGGUGUUUGUCAGCGCCAAUGAGACAGCGAUUAUGGAAAAUGUAGCCAUCAACACAGUUGUGUUUACAGUCAAAGCCAUUGACAACGAUGAUGGCUACAAUGGCUACAUCGAAUAUAUACUCAAUGGCCAGGAUGAGCAGCAGCAAUCCUAUAGCGCGCUGCCCUUUACACUCAAUCCCACCGACGGCGUGCUACGCGUUGCUGCUGCACUGGAUCGGGAGCUGCAGUCCAGCUAUAGCUUGAAUAUAACAGCGCGUGAUCGUGGCAUGCCGCCGCUGGUGUCGGCCACGCAAUUGAAAAUCAAAGUAAUGGACGAGAACGACAAUAUGCCAGUGUUUGAUCCCAAGCAGUAUUCAGCAGCAGUGGCGGAGAAUGCCAGCAUAGGCGCCAUGGUGCUGCAGGUGUCGGCUACGGAUAUGGAUGAGGGUGAUAAUGGACGCGUGCGUUACUCCAUAGUGGCGGGAGAUCAGAAUAGAGAUUUCAGCAUAAGCGAGGACACUGGCAUAGUGCGCGUGGAUAAGAAUCUGAACUAUGAGCGCAAGGCGCGUUAUGUUUUAACUGUUAAGGCGGAGGAUUGUGCGCUGCAGGCGCAGGCGAGUGACACAGCUGAGCUGAUUAUCAAUAUACUGGAUAUAAACGACAAUCGUCCUACAUUUUUGGAUUCGCCUUAUAUAGCGAGAGUUAUGGAGAACACACUGCCGCCCAAUGAAGGCUACGUGCUGACUGUUAAAGCCUACGAUGCGGAUACGCCGCCGCUCAACUCGCAAGUGCGCUAUUUUCUCAAGGAAGGCAAUGCAGAUUUGUUUAGAAUCAAUGCAUCCACUGGAGAAAUUGUGCUGCUGCGUGCGCUCGAUCGCGAGCAGCAAAGCGAGUACAUACUAACGCUUGUUGCCAUGGAUCAGGGCUCGCCACCGCUUUCGAAUACAGGCAUAGUGCGUGUUGAGGUGCAGGAUCUAAACGACAAUGAGCCCAAGUUUGAGCUGCAGGCUUACCAAGCGUUAGUCAUGGAACAGCUGCCAGUUGGAACGCUAGUGCUGCAGCCUGUUUGUCGUGAUGCGGACGCAGGACUGAAUGCCAAGCUGCGUUAUAGUCUGCUGGGCGCGCAUAGAUCACAUUUUGUUAUAGAUGCGGACACGGGUGAGAUCAGCACAGCUCUAAUGCUGGAUCGUGAGCAGCUGGCGCGCUACGAGCUCACACUGAUGGCUCAAGACAGCAGCAUAACCGAACCACGCGCCAGCUCCGUGAACUUGACUAUACUUGUGGGCGAUAUAAACGACAAUGCGCCCCGAUUUGAUGCCAGCAGCUAUAGUAUAGUGCUGCCGGAUAAUAUACGCGUAGGCGAAUUUGUUUUUGGCGCGCAAGCUCAGGAUGCGGAUGAGGGCAAGAACUCGCAGCUGAGCUACAAGCUGAGUGGACACGAUGCGGAAUACUUUGAGCUGCAGCCCAGCAGCGGCGUGCUGAGACUUAAGCGUGAGCUGCCCAAGCUGCAAGCGGACACCAAGCUGCAGCUAAUGAUUGAGGCCAGCGAUCAAGGCGCACAGCCGCUCAGCGCCAAAGCAAGUCUGACGCUGCAGUUUAGAGCGGCGUCGCUAUUUCCUGUGUUCGCGUACAUGCCGCAGCUGCAGUUUACGCUGCCAGAGGAUGUGCCCGUGGGCAAGGCCAUAGUCAAGUUGUCCGCCAGCAGCGCCAAGAAAAGCGGCAUUAGCUAUCAAAUUGUGGGCGGCAAUUUGGGCAAUGCAGCGGUCGUUGAUGCUGCCAGCGGUUUGGUGAGCGUUGGCGCCGCCGGCCUGGACUACGAGCUUACACAGCAAUUCGAGCUGUGGCUAGCAGCUUUGGAUGCGGAUAAUCCUAGUCUGCGCACUGUCACGCAGCUGCUUAUCAAUGUCACCGAUGUCAACGACAAUGCGCCGCAGCUGCAGCAGCUAAUUUACCAAGCGCAAAUCUUUGAGGAGGAACCACCACCACAGCUGGUCGUAGCAGUCAAAGCUACGGAUGCAGAUGCUGGCAGCAAUGCUGAGCUAAGCUACAGACUGCGUCACGACUACGAGGGCAGCUUUGAAAUCGAUGAGCAUGGUGAGAUUUAUACAACGCAGCGUCUGGAUCGCGAGCAGCUGGACAGCUAUGCUUUGGUAGUGGAGGCUUUGGAUCAGGGCGUGCCUCAGCUGACAGGCUCGGCUACAGUGCUGCUGCAGCUGCUGGACAAGAACGACAAUCCGCCUAAGUUUACGCGUCUGUAUGCGCUAAAUGUGAGCGAAAGCGCGCAAGUGGGCAGCUUUGUUAUUAGAGUCACCUCAUCCGACUUGGAUCUGGCCGAGAAUGCCAAUGCUAGCUACAGUUUUAGCGAAAAUCCUGGCGAGAAGUUCAGCAUCGAAGCGCAGAGCGGCAACAUAAGCGUUGCCGGGCAGUUGGAUCGCGAGCAGCAGGAGGAGUAUUUGCUCAAAGUGGUGGCCACCGAUGGUGCUUGGCGUGCCGAGACGCCCAUUACCAUAAGCAUACAAGAUGAGAACGACAAUGCGCCGGAGUUUGAGCAUAGCUUCUAUAGCUUUAACUUUGCUGAGCUGCAGCCCAAGGCGGUUGCCUUUGUGGGCCAACUGCUGGCCACAGAUCGCGAUAAGCAGGGACCCAACUCACUCAUCUCUUAUGCCUUACAGACGCCCUCGCCUGUCUUCAGCGUCGAUCCAGCCACUGGCAACAUUUACAGCAAAACCAGACUGAAGUACAAGCACUCGCGGCUGAGCAGCUCGCCGGAGAACAUGUUCGCCUUCACUGUGCUGGCCACGGACAAUGGCAAGCCGCCGCUGUAUAGCGAGUGUCUGGUGCAGAUCAACAUUGUGGAUGCCAACAACAAUGCGCCGCAGUUUGCGCAGUCGCGCUACAUAGCAGCGCUGCCGGCGCAGGCGACAGCAGGUCAACGCUUGAUACAAGUGCAUGCAGUGGAUGAACUCGAUGUGGGUGUAAAUGCGGAGCUGCUCUACAGUUUGGUUGGCAGCAAUGCCAGCGCUCACUUUAGCAUAAACAAGCACGAUGGCUGGCUCAGUCUGGCGCAGCGCGUGGAUCUGCCGCUCUAUGAGGAGCUUGAGCUGCGUGUGCUGGCAACAGAUCGCGGCGUGCCCGCUCAGUCAGCAGAGACGCGUGUGCGUGUGGUUGUCACACCUGAGAAUGCGCAUGCGCCGCAGUUUAGCGCUGCCAGCAAUCAGGUUAUAGUGCCGGAGAACGAGCCAGUGGGCUCCACCAUCAUCACAGUCAGCGCUACGGACAAGGAUCGUGGACCCAAUGGCAUGUUGCUUUAUUCCUUUGCGGGUGGCAACGAACGCGGCGACUUUGCCAUCAAUGCGGAGUCGGGCGCCAUAAGCAUUCUGCAGCCGCUGGACUACGACACGCUGCAGGAUUAUCAGCUGAACAUAAGUGUGCGCGAUCUGGGCUACAAGCCACGCUCAGCGCAAGCUUUGCUCACCAUCAUUUUAACCGAUGUCAAUGACAACCCGCCGCUGUUCAAUCAAACGAAUUAUGUCGCCUACAUUGAGGAGAACAAACCGCCUGGCAGCUUUGUCUACCAAGCUCAUGCCACAGACAAGGAUUCGUUGAAGAACGCAGUCAUACAAUAUGCGCUGCUGCUGCCCAGCGCAGAGGAUCAGCAGCUGUUCAGCAUUAAUGCGAGCAGUGGCGCAAUCUAUGCGGCCGCCAGCUUUGACUACGAGCAGCGACGCGUCUACAAUUUGCAGCUGCGCGCGCGUAAUCCGGACUCCACAAUGGAAUCCUUUGCUGCACUUCAAGUGCAGGUGCUGGGCGUAAACGAGUUCUAUCCACAAUUUGUGCAGCCCGUGUUUCACUUUGAUGUCUCGGAGAGCUCUGCACCCGGGCACCAGGUGGGCUCAGUGCAGGCAACGGACAAGGACAGCGGCGCAGAUGGCGAAAUCUAUUAUUUGCUUGUGGGCGCCAGCAAUGACAAAGGCUUUGGCAUUGACGCUCACAGCGGACAGUUGCGUGUGGUGCGCUCCUUGGAUCGCGAGACGCAGAAUCGCGUUGCACUCAUGGUGCUGGCCAAGAACUAUGGCAGCAUACGUGGCAAUGAUACGGACGAGGCGCAGGUCAUAAUUAGCAUUCAGGAUGGCAACGAUGCGCCGGAGUUUGUGCAGCGUCUCUAUAGCGCCAGCAUUACGGAAGAUGCAGCUGUGGGCACUUUGGUCACCCAAGUGCGCGCCGUGGACAAAGAUGUGCGCGUGCAGAAUAAUCAGUUCAGCUACAGCAUCAUCAAUGGCAAUGUGGCGCAGCGUUUCAAGAUCGAUGCGCAGUCGGGUGAGAUUAACACCGCAGCCGCGCUGGAUCGCGAGCAAAUGUCACACUAUGAGCUCACCAUAGGCGCCAUAGACACGGGUUUGCCGCCUCAAACGGGCAGCUGCCAGGUGCGCAUUUCCAUUGAGGAUAUUAACGACAAUGCGCCUGCCUUUGCGCCCGAAGAUUUGCUGGGCUACAUCAACGAGAAUGCGCCGGCGGGCAGCAGCAUUAUGCAGCUAAAGCCACAGGAUGCGGAUUUGCCGCCCAAUGGCGCGCCGUUCAGCUUUGAGCUGCUGGGUGGACAACACAGCAGCUGGGUGAGCCUGCAUAGGCAAAGCGGCGUGCUGAGCGCGCUGCGCAGUUACGAUCGCGAGUCCAAUCCGCAGCUGGAGCUGCUCAUUGCCGUCUCGGACAGCGGCAAACCGCCGUUGACUUCGCAGCAUAAGCUGCGCAUUCAAGUGCUCGAUCAGAACGAUAAUCCUUCGACGCCGCGUGAGCUGCAGCUGCUGUUGCAUAGCUUCGAUGCAGCGCUGCCAGCGCAUAUCAAACUGGCGGAUGUGCGUCCCAAUGAUGUGGAUCAGCUGGGCGACUACAGCUGCCGCUUUGCAGCGCCGCAGCAGCAGCAGCAGGCGCUGAGUCUCAGCAAUGGCUGCGAGUUGUUUGCUCAAGCCGCCAGCGUGCCCUCGAGCUUCAACUAUCAACUGCUAGGCAACGAUGGCAAGCAUGAGGAUGUCAGCUAUAAGCUGCAAGUCAACUUGCAACUGCUGCGCAAUGACAGCUUGCAACAUACGGUGUCCAUGCUCAUUAGCAACAUAAGCGCUGCACAGUUCCUGUCGCAACAUUUUGUGCCCAUGCAGCAGCUGCUCAACUCGCGUCUGCAGCCCAAAGCCAAGCUCAGCAUCUACACCUUGUUGGAGUCGCCCAGUCACAAUGACACGCGCACCAAUGUCCAAGCUCUGCUGCUGGCCAGCACUCCCAGUGGAGCGCUGCUCUCCUCGCAGCAACUGCUGCAGCUGCUGCAGCAACAACGCGCUGCUUUGGCCAAUUUGCUGCCGCAUGAGCUCACCCUCGGCUACGAUCCCUGCUCCGCCGGCGAUGUUUGCCUCAAUGGCGCUCAAUGCAGCGCCAGCUUGCAGCUGCUGCCCACUCAUAGUCUGCGCAUUGUGGACAGCCCCAAGCUGAUUCUCACUGCACCUCACAUUGAGCAUCAGCUCAACUGUCAGUGCGCUGCUGGAUUUGCUGGCGCUCAAUGCUCGCGUCGUCAGGAUCCCUGUCAGCCCAAUCCCUGCCAGGCGCAAACUCAAUGCCGCCGCUUGGGUCUCGACUAUCAGUGCGAGUGUCCACCACAUCGCGAGGGCAAGCACUGCCAGCUGACGCGCAGCGAUGUCUGCUGGACCAAGCCUUGUCGCAAUGGCGGCAGCUGUCAGCGCAGUCCCGAUGGCGCCUCCUACUAUUGUCUCUGUCGUCCCGGCUUUCGUGGCAGUCAGUGUGAGUCUGCGGCCGAUUCGUGUCGUCCUAAUCCUUGCCAGCAUGGCGGCCACUGUCUGGCGCUGCAGCCUGGCUACAAGUGCAGCUGUCCCGCUGGGCGCUUUGGACGCCACUGCGAGCGGCUGAGCUACGGCUUUGAGCCGCUUUCAUUCAUGAGCUUCGGCACGCUGGACGCCACCACCAAUGACAUAUCCAUUGUCUUUGCCAGCACCAAGCCCACAGCGCUGCUUGCCUACAACUAUGGCCUGCCCAGCGGCGGACGCUCCGAUUUCUUGGCCAUCGAGCUGGUGCGUGGUCAGGCUUACUUUUCCACUGGUGGCGCUCGCAGCGCCAUUACCAGCCUGGUAGCUGGACGGAAUUUGGCCGACGGCAGCUGGCACAAGGUCACAGCCACGCGCAAUGGACGCGUCAUGUCCCUGAGCGUGGCCGAGUGCACGGACUCCGGCGAUGUGUGCGCCGAAUGCGCGCCCAAUGAUCCCAACUGCUAUGCCGAUGACUUUGGACCUGUGGCCACCUUGAACUUCAAUAAGCAACCGCUGCUGAUAGGCGGACUGCCGUCGGCGGAUGCUGCACUGGAGCGUCCGGGACAGAUACAAAGCGACGAUCUGGUGGGCUGUGUGCACAGUGUGACGAUCAAUGGACGCGCCUUGAACUUGAGUGCGCCACUGCAGCAGCAAGGAAUUUUACCAGGAUGCAGGCGUCAGGCUUGCGAGCCAGCGCUGGCGGCGGAACGUUGCGGCAACUAUGCGGAGCAGUGUGUGGAUCGCUGGUCAACAGCGCUGUGUCAAUGUGGUGGACAACUGCAGGCGCCCAAUUGUGGCGCCGCCUUGGAGGCCAUGACGCUAGGUGCUGGUGGCUUUCUGGAGUUCAAGCUGACGGCGCAGCAUCGACGCAUGCAGCUGCUGGAUGGACUAUACAAAGGGCAGAGCGCAUGGAGCAGCAGCAGCUUCAAUAGCAGCCUGGGAGCGCCCAAGCAGCUGAGUCUAAUGUUCCGCACACUGAAGCCGCAGGGAUUGCUGCUGUAUGCGGCGACCAAUCAGAUGUACACAUCGCUAACGCUGCAGGCUGGACAACUGGUCUACUACUCCAAGCAGCAGCUGAGCAUCAACAUGACGCUGUCGACAGCCAAUCAGCUGAACGAUGGCGCUUGGCACAAUCUGAGCCUGCAGAGUCAGAGUCGCGCGCUGCACUUGCUCAUCGAUGGACAGCGCGUGGGCGAUGAGCUGGAUGCCGCGGGCGUGCAUGACUUUCUCGAUCCGUAUCUGACGCAGUUGAGCGUGGGCGGCGCACAUGACUCCAGUCUGGCUGUGGACAGCUUUGUUGGCUGCAUAGCCAACUUUAGCAUCAACAAUGAGCUGCAGCCGCUGACUGGCAAUGGCAGCAUCUUUCCUCAGCUGCUGCAGCAUGGUGAAGUCAGCGCUGGUUGCUCCGGCGCCGAAAUGGGCAUUGAUGCUGCGCAAGUUGCGGAUCCUUUGAGCAUUGGCAUUACUUUGGUGAUUGUCUUCUUUGUCAUCCUGGCUGUCGCCAUCUUUGGCUCCUAUAUCAUUUAUCGCUUUCGCGGCAAGCAGGAGAAGAUUGGCAGCCUCAGCUGUGGCGUGCCAGGCUUUAAGCUUAAGCAUCCCGCUGCGGCGGUGAGUCAGAGCCAAGCGGAUCAUGUGCUUACGCGUAAUCUGCAUGCGGGCGAUGCGCCUGCUGCGCUGGUGGGCAAUGCUGAGCAUCUGCGUCCGCCGCCGCCUGCGCAUCAUAUGAAUGCACCCGAGCUGUUGACCAAGAAGUUCAAGGAGCGCAGCGAGCUAACACCCAGUGCAGAGCUGGCGCAGCCUCAACAGCGUCCACAACGUCCGGACAUCAUCGAACGCGAGGUGGUGGGCAAACGUGGAGAGGAGCAGCAUCAUUUGGCCAUGGCGCCGCCCAAUGCGCUGCAUGCGCUCGAUCAUGCUGGCUCCGUGGACAUGGGCUCGGAGUAUCCGGAGCACUAUGAUCUGGAGAACGCCAGCUCCAUAGCGCCCUCGGACAUCGAUAUCGUCUAUCACUACAAGGGUUAUCGCGAAGCUGGCGGCAUGCGCAAGUACAAGGCGACCACGCCCCCUGUCAACGCCUACACGCAUCAUAACAAUGCGCCGUUUGUGCCGCGCGUGCCCGCACCCAAUCCCAAUCAGAGCAAUCAGCAGCAGGCGCCAUCGAGCAGCUCACGCACGCAUCAGACGACGCCGCUGGCGCGCCUGUCGCCCAGCUCGGAGCUGAGCUCACAGCAGCCGCGCAUCCUAACGCUGCAUGACAUCAGCGGGAAGCCGCUGCAGAGCGCGCUGCUGGCCACCACCUCCAGCUCGGUGGGCGUGGGCAAGGAUGCGCUGCAUAGCAAUAGCGAGCGCAGUCUGAAUAGUCCGGUCAUGUCGCAGCUCAGCGGGCAGAGCUCCAGCGCUAGUAGACAGAAGCCAGUGGUGCCGCAUGCAGCGCCGCAGCAGAGCAGCUUGGGUGGCCUGACAGCUGAAGAGAUUGAGCGACUCAAUGGACGGCCCAGAACUUGCAGCUUGGUCUCCACGCUGGAUUUGUCGUCAAGCAGCGAAGCGCCGCGUGUUUCCAAUGGCGGUCUGCACAUGGCGCUGGGCGGCGAUGUCGAUGCACACAGCUCCACUUCGACGGACGAAAGCGGCAACGAUAGCUUCACCUGCUCGGAGAUAGAGUAUGAUAACAAUAGUCUGAGCGGCGAUGGCAAGUACUCCACCAACAAGAGUCUGCUCGACAGUCGCAGUCCAGUGGCGCGUGCGUUGAGCGGCGAGCCUGGACGCAAUCCCAGCGCAGUCAAAACUCCGCCCAUACCCAUGCACGCCUACGAUGGCUUUGACUCCUCGUUUCGUGGCUCGCUCAGCACGCUCGUCGCCAGCGAUGAUGACCUGGCGCAUCAUCUAAGCGGCAUCUAUCGCAAAACUGCAGGCGCUGCUUCGCCCUCAGCCACCACGCUGGGCUGGGAGUAUCUGCUGAACUGGGGACCCAGCUAUGAGAACCUCAUGGGCGUCUUCAAGGACAUUGCCGAGCUGCCCGACAGCGCGCAGCAGCAGCAGCAACAACAACAACAGCAGCAGCAGCAGCAGUCCUCGCAGCAAUCCGUGUCCACUCUGCGUAUACCCAAUGUACAAAAAGCCACAGAGGAGUAUGUCUGAUAAUAAAUAUAAGCAAUAGCUCCUCUAUAUAUAGUUAGUUAGGUUAGUUUAGUUUAGUUAGCUAGUUUGUCAUAUUUGAUUUUUCGCCUUUUAAGCUUAAGCGCUGCCAUUUUCAUUUUGUAAUGUACAACGAAAGAAACGUAAUGUUUAAACAUCUUAUAUAGUUGCAAUUAAACAAUCUAUAGCUAUUUAUUUUUACUUACUUUACAACUUAUACGUAUCACACGCCUUGUAUCAAGGUCUCACAUCCUAGGCAUAUUACAAGUAUAGCGAAGAGGCCCUCAAAAUAAGUAACAAAACAGUAAAACUCUAAAAAAAAGUUAAAACAAAAAUACAAAAUUUAAUCUAUAAA